AUCGCGGUCCUGCCGCGAUCCUCGCGCCCGCCGCCGCAGGGGGGACCCGGGCGCGCCGAGCGGCCACCAUGGCCCAGCUCGGCACCGUUCCUGGACUGCACGGCGGGGAGGUGGGCACGGCAGCCGGUCUUCACGGAGCGGUCGGCACGGUGACAGGCUUGCACGGGGGAGACGGGUUGGGCACUGCGACGGGCCUCCACGAUGCAGGCGCUGUCGGCACUGCGACGGGCCUUCACGACGCGGGCGGGGGCGCCACGGUGACAGACUUGCAUGGAGGAGGGGCUGUUGGGACUGCGAUUGGCUUACAUGAGGGGGGAGCUGUUGGCACAGUGACGGGACUCCAUGCCGCAGGAGCGGUCGGCACAGCAGUUGGCUUGCACGACGGAGGAGCUGUCGGUACAGUGACGGGCCUCCAUGCAGCAGGAGCAGUCGGCACAGCAGUUGGCUUGCACGACGGAGGAGCUGCUGGCACUGUGACGGGCCUUGAUGCCGCAGGAGCGGUCGGCACAGCAGUUGGCUUGCACGACGGAGGAGCUGUCGGCACAGUGACGGGGCUCCAUGCCGCAGGAGCGGUCGGCACAGCAGUUGGCUUGCACGACGGAGGAGCUGUCGGCACAGCUACGGGACUACAUGCAUCAGGUGCGGUCGGCACCGCAGUUGGCUUGCACGACGGAGGAGCUGUCGGCACAGUGACGGGACUCCAUGCAGCAGGAGCGGUCGGCACAGCAGUUGGCUUGCACGACGGAGGAGCUGUCGGUACAGUGACGGGCCUCCAUGCAGCAGGAGCAGUCGGCACAGCAGUUGGCUUGCACGACGGAGGAGCUGCUGGCACUGUGACGGGCCUUGAUGCCGCAGGAGCGGUCGGCACAGCAGUUGGCUUGCACGACGGAGGAGCUGUCGGCACAGUGACGGGGCUCCAUGCCGCAGGAGCGGUCGGCACAGCAGUUGGCUUGCACGACGGAGGAGCUGUCGGCACAGCUACGGGACUACAUGCAUCAGGUGCGGUCGGCACCGCAGUUGGCUUGCACGACGGAGGAGCUGUCGGCACAGUGACGGGACUCCAUGCAGCAGGAGCGGUCGGCACAGCAGUUGGCUUGCACGACGGAGGAGCUGUCGGCACAGUGACGGGCCUCCAUGCAGCAGGAGCGGUCGGCACCGCCGUUGGCUUGCACGACGGAGUUGUCCAGCAGUCGCUCGCUGGGGAGGUUGGAACUGUGCCCGGCCUACACAACGUCGGCACCGCCCCGAAGCUGCACGGCGGGGAGGUUGGCACUGUGCCGAAGCUGCACGGCACGGCGCAGGGGCAGGAGGUCGGCACGGUUCCUGGGCUCCACGGAGUGGGCACCGUGCCAGGGAUCCACGCCGAUGUGGGCACGACGCCGAAAUUGCACCAGGAGCCAGGCACGGUCCCCGGGCUGCACAACCCCGCGGCGCCCAGCGAUGGCCGGGAGACCGCUGCCGAGCUGCGGGACUUGAUCCGCAAAGAGACGCAGAAGAUCAAGGAGUUCGAGGCGCGGGCUCUGGAUGCGGAACACAUUUCGCUGUGGCUGAAGGGUCAGAUCGAUGCGCUCAGCGAGCAAUGUGACGAGGGCGACGAACUCAUGGCGACCCGGGCGACCCAGCGGCCGCCGAAGAAGCAAGAGUCCGAGCUGGACGGCACACGGCAGGUGAUGCGGCAUGGAUUGGAAGGCACACGCCCAGUCGAUCAUCGCAUGGCGUUGAACGGCGGCGAGCCUGGCACGCUGCCGCAACUUCACACCGGCCAGGUGGGCGGCGGCGAACCUGGCACGUUGCCGCAGCUUCACACCGGCCAGGUGGGCGGCGGCGCGCCUGGCACGAAGCCGCAGCUCCACACAGGUCAGGUGGGCGGCGGCGAGCCUGGCACGAAGCCGCAGCUCCACACCGGUCAGGUGGGCGGCGGUGAGCCUGGCACGAUGCCGCAGCUCCACACGGGCCAGGUGGGGGGUGGCGAGCCUGGCACGAUGCCGCAGCUUCACACCGGUCAGGUGGGCGGCGGCGAGCCUGGCACGCAGCCGCAGCUACACACAGGGCAGGUCGGCGGUUCCGCAGUGCAGGCGUCCAACGCGCAGGCCCUGCGACAGCAGAUCGAGAGCGCGAAGAAGGAUAUCGAGAAAAGGCAGUCCGAGGUGAUGAGCCUGGAGGAGCACUGCCUGGACCUGCAGGGCGAGUUGGCGGGGGAGAAGCAAAAGGCGGCUCAGCUGGCGGAGGCGAUCAGCGAAACCGAGGAGGAGCUCGCCAAGCACCAGGAGAUACCCGAGGAGAACCGCUUCCUCGAGGAGGAGGUCGAGGCGUACAAGAAGGAGGUCGAGAAGAUGCAAGAGAAGCUCGUGGUAGCCCAGCGGCGCAAGGAGGCCCUCAGCGCUGACGCACAGGAGCUCAGAGAAACGAAUGGAGGUCCUACAGAUAGCACGUUCAACCACGGGGAGAUGAACCGAUUCUCCGUUACCGUCGUCGACCAGUUGGUCAAGGUCGAGGACGAGCUCCGCCAGCGCACCACAGAGCUGUCAGAGCUGACUGGGCCAUUCCUGCGGGAUGCGCACGGCCUGCUCGCGGCCUUGAGCGCGAGCUGCUCUCGCCUGGACGGGGGCGUGGGCGCGCCGCCGACGUACAAGGCGUCGCAGGGCGAUGCGAAGCACGGCCUAGACGGGGCCGUCUGCAUCAUGCGGUAUUGCGUCGAGGCCAUGGAGAGGUGCAAGACCAGCGGACCAGCGUCGCUCACAAACCUUGCGAGGGAGGGCAGCAUAAAGGGCAAAGGCAAAGGCAAGAGCCGCAGCAAGCACGAGAUAGUCGAGAACGACGACGACGACGACGGCUGGGACCUGUUCAGCAUCGGAAGAAGGUGGGGACUUGUCUGAGAACGGCGCCAGGGAUCCGGUGGUCCGAGAAGUGAGUGGUGGGUCUUUGGGCAGCACGGGUUACGCACCAGUGUCGCACAGCGUCUGCACUUCAGUUGCGCCAGCUUCUCCUGGGUCCUGCUCGGGGGUAACCUCCCCCAUUUUCGCUCCUUCUCAGCCUCUCCCUCUUUCACUUCCUCCUUCGCCUCCUCCUCCCCCUGAUUGUCCCUCGCCUCCUGCUGCCCAUACUCCUACCCCUCCUCCUUCUCCUCCGCAUCCGUAUCCAGUCUUUUUGCUAAACGCCGCAUGCUUUUCGCGCGCCUUUUUCACGCCUCCAUUUCCACCUGGGCGUUCCUGUCAUUGCUUACAUUUUGCUGAUAAUACAACUGCACGGCUUGUUCAAGUCGACUCUCUGUUGCCCGACAUGCCCAGCAUGCCGUAGUCUCGCCACACAGCUGUCGUGCGAAACCCCUAGUGUAUUUUGCGAUGACCUUGUUGCUUGGUGUUAACCGGCGGCGUGGGGAACGCGAUCUUCACAUAACGGCCAUUGCCCCGCAGUCCAGGCAUCCGCCACGAAGAUUAUUGGGGCGAGAGCGGGAACACAUAAUGUGAGA